AUGGUAUAUGCAAGAAUAUAGCGCUCAAAUUAAAAGCUUUUUCUGGCCUCGUUGUCAUGCUAUUGCGAAAAACUUAUGUAAAACUAUAAAGCGUUACCUCCGGCUAAACUCCAUCACGUUAUCUAUGAACGGAACUUCAUUCCCUAAAUGCAAAAGAAUAAUUGUGAUACGCAAUAAAUUGGAAAUGAACAUAUAUUUAUCCAUCGAUAAAGCUUUAAUGCUUUGGAGAAUGUAACUUGAAGCCGCCAUGAAUCAAUUUUGGAAUGACCUAAGGUAUACAUGAUAACGCUAAUCUGAUAAAUUAUUCACAUAUACACUUGCAAGUCUGAAACGAAGCUUUCUGAGAAGUGAGCAACUUCACGAGUAAUUUCCUUCGAUACGCGAACUACGUACAGACUAUUUUCCUAGUAUGUCCAACGAUCUUGGUUGAGUACGGACAUUUUCCUUGUAAAGAGAAAGUGAAGGGAACUUGCAAAACAUGGCAGCAGCUAUCACCGUUGAAAGUGAGAAUCAAACAAUAAGCAAAAGAGAACCACCAGAGGUACAUGUUAAAGUGCUAGAACUUGAAAAUCUCCCAAGCUUGUCAAAACCUUGGAAAGACAUCAGAAACCAAUAUCAACCGGUCGAUGUUCUGCUGCUGACAGUGAAGGACUGUGAGUUCCUAAGCUGUCUUUCCUAUCUUAACGAAGGUUUUGUGAAGAGUAAUCCCCCAACUCUUGGCACUGUUUACUUUGGAAAUAUCGGUGACGACGAGGUAGUGAAGGUUGCAGUGAUGAAAUGCGACAUGGGUUCUAGCACUCCCGGAGGUUCCCUGGUUGUUGUCCCGAAAGCAGUCCGCAGCUUAAGGCCCAAAGCUGUGUUUAAUGUGGGUUUUUGUGCUAGUUUGAACGAGGAGAAAGCAAAGCUAGGUGAUGUGGUCGUGUGUUCAAAGUUAAUAACCUACGCCUUCAUAACACGUACCGGAAAUAGGAUCAAGGAGCGACGCGUUAAGGUUCCUUUAAAAAGGGAUCUGGCGAAUCUUGUCAAAAAUAUUGGAGAUGGAUGGAAACCACCUUUAAAAAACUCAACUGGUCAAAAGGUGGAACUACGCAAAGAUGGUGUAUUUUUGAGUGAUCCUGAGGUGGUAAAUAACAGAAAACGACGUGCUGAACUGAUCAAACGAUACCCAGAAGCCACAGCAAUUGAAAUGGAAGGGGAAGGUCUUUUCGUAGCUGCCCAUGACCUCAACAUCGAAUGGAUCGUUAUCAAGGGCGUUUCAAACCUCGCCGAUGGUAAAAAAUCUGAAACUGAUCAUUGGAGACCAUUUGCCAGUCUUAUGGCAGCCUCUCUUGUUGCGCACACUUUAAAAGAUGCUUAUGUUUUCGAGUCCUGGCCUCACUUCGAAGAUGAUUCGGAUACUGAAGGGAGACGGAUGCCACCUUCUCCUUCUUUCCCAAAUCCUAAAAGAAUCAAAGUGGCAGCAGGUUAUAAAUCCACACCGUAUGGAUUACUCGGUGAUCGUACUAUGGCAAGAACGGUACUGAGCAGCAGCAGCAGCGGUGAUGAUUCGGAUGAAGAGAUUGAUACUCUAGGGAGUCGGUGGUCAUCAAUUCCCUUUCUCGGCCCAGGCCCUAAAAAACGCAAAGAGGCAGCAGGUUAUACAUUCACACCGUCUCGAUAUCUUACUACUCUGAGAGAACUGAUUGAUGAUCCGGAUGAAGAGAGUUCUACUCCAAAGAAAAGGCGAUCAUUGUUUUCCCCUUCUGACCCAGGCCCUGAAAAAAGCAAAGCGAAAGCAGUGAAUACUAGUCAAAGGACUGCAGUAUCGAGUACCUUGAAAACUGAAACACCAAAUAGUGGGUCACAGACUAAAUUCUUGGACUGGAUGAAGAAUCUCCCAUAUGCAGAGUCAGAAAGAUGCAAGAUAGGCGAUCAAGGAACAACGUGGAGUCUUAAGGACAUUGAGGCCGGGGCUUGUCUAACAUUUACCCGAGAUGCUGUGUCAACACCUCUAUUGUUUGACUGUAGAUUAUAUAUACCGACAGUAAGCUUUCCACCUUUGAACAAGGAUGAGAAGCUGGUUAGCAGUGUAAUAGAGCUUACUUGCGAUGAACAGCCCGGCAUCCAUUUCAGUGGGGAAGGUAAAGGAGAGGUAGUGAUCGCCUUUUCUCACAGUGCCCCCAAACUUGAAGGAUAUGAAGUUGUAAUUAGAGAGGUAGUCAGUACUGAAAACAGCUAUGAAUGCAAAGAUCUGGAGACAAGAAACACGACUUUGCGAAACUAAGGGUUCCCUAUGCUGAGGCUAACGUUACCCAUUGUGGCAUCUAUGCUGUCAUUUACCGCCUGAAGUCUUACAUAUACUCGACACGUGUGUCAGGAAAUGAGGAAAUCACUUAUAGCAUUCUGGAGUAUCCAGAAGUAAGUGUGAGAAUCCCAGCAAAAAAUGUCCAGAGAAGAAGUAAAUUGGAGUUAACUUUUAAGGUCCAAGAAAUCCAUUCUAAGGGGUUUGACUGUUGCGAAGAGUUUGCUGGACCUGUUCUUCACAUCACGUGCCCCCAAAUCCCUCACCUUUUAAAGCCAGCUACUAUAACCCUUCCUGUGAUGCUAAAAGGAGACAAAGAUGAAUUGACGAGAUUCUCCGUUACUGAUGUAAGGGUCUUUGAAUGUCCGUCUGAUGACGAAAGAGCAGGUUGGGAUGAGAUAACGAAGCAACUUCCAAACCCAGCUGUCUUGAUGAAUGGUGUGGUGACAUUUCAAGUAAAGCAUUUUAGUCGGUUUACGGUGUGGUUGACAAAGAUACCCGAGGUACGGUUGACAAAGAUACCUCAGGCCUUAGGAAGUCUUGUUCCCCGCAUCAACCGCCUCACUAGGUACCCCUCCGUAGAGGCUGGGUUCUUUGCAUGUUUGUGCAACUUCGCUGAGGUGUCUGCUAGCGAAGCUCUAGCCCUGUUAAGACUUUUUUGUUAUCCAGUUCAUUUAGAAGGCAGAGUUAAAAGAGAAGCAUGCGCUUCUCCUGGUAUCUACCAUUAUGGUAGUGGAGAUUCUCUGGAAACACUUCAUCAUGGUGAUGAGUUACGUGCGGACGCUUGGAGUGGAUGCACAAUGAACCAGAUUUUGAAACUCAGGUUUCGUUCUGAUGACAAGUUUGAAACUAGCACAAUGGUAGAACUUCCGCGUGAAUGUACACCCCAUAUAGAAUUAAAAUUCUUCUUACAUCUCCAAGAAGAACAACCUCAACGAGAGCUGUGUGGAUUUCCAAUUGCAACGCCUCAUCAAAGCCGAACCGAAGAUAUUCAUCCUGAUGCAUCAAAUCGAAUGGGACGGUUGUUGACUACGGAUCAUACGAGAGCAAACGUGACCAGAGGAGAAUCUUACGCAAAGGAUGCGCGGCCCGGACCUUCAACUCGAGGAGAAGGGCGAUCCAAACGACCCGGUAAAAGGGCGCUGACUACUUCUGAAGAUGUAUCAAAUCGUAUGAGACGGUCGUCGACUACUGAUUAUACGAAAGCAAAGGUGACCAGAGGAGAGUUUUACGCAGAGGAUGCACAGCCCGGAACUUCAAAUCAAGGAGGAAGGCGAUCCACACGACCGAGAGACAUAGCGCCGACUACCUCUGGAGGAGAGUCUUACGCAGAGGAUGCACAGCCCGGACCUUCAAAUCGAGGAGGACAGCGAUCCACACGACCGAGAGACACGGCGCCGACUACCUCUAGAGUUAUGGCAGGUAGACCAUCAGAGGACGAGUUAGAAGAGCUGUCUCAGGAGCUUGGAGAAAAAUGGGAGGAAUUAGCAGGACGCCUGGGAUACAACCAAGCCGCAAGAAGUAACUUCUAUGCAAAUGAUAGGUGCAGCAACAGGUUGGCUAGGAGUGCUUACAGUAUGUUAUUGGCUUGGAAACAAAGGGAAGGCUCAAAGGCGACCUACGAAGUUUUGUACAAUGCCUUAUGUCACAAAUUAGUCCAAUGUAACCUUCUAGCGCAAAAGUUUUGUUGCGAAUAAGAUUGUAAAAAAAUCCCUCCCCCUAGUCUUCAAUUAUAAAUAUUGAGUCAUUUCUACAUUGAUUCAUGCCUGUCUGAGUUCCAUAAACCAUAUAUACUAAUGAGCAGUCGCGCUCAGUAAGUCAUUUAUUUUUCUUGUGCUCAAAGAAAGAGAAAGAUUGGCUUUAGAGAACAGACUGAAAAACUGCUGGCUGAGGAACAUUUCGCUUGGACCUCAUUCAAGUGAUUCGUAACAUCUUAAUUUAUUGACCCCUUACACACUGAAAUUAGAAUGCGUAUUCUUAUCACUAGUCUUUAUACAUUUCCUAAUCUGCUGACAAGGAGAACUGCGGGUUUGAAAAUUAAGAGCUUCUUUACUUUGUGAACGUUUCCUUCAGUCGUAAAGUUAAUUUUUUAUUUAGGGGUUAUACUAUAAGGAGAAAGUAGAUGGUAGAUGCUUUUUGGAUUAAAGGUUUAAUAGUUUUUUUUGUGAGGUUAAAGUAUGAGGUAACAGCGGGAUCUGCGUAGACCUAAAUUUUCCUUGUCUCAGUGUGGGGAUAUGCAUAAAAUGGGCCUACGAGAAAAGUUUGUCAUCGCUAGAUGUGCAUGGCAGGUCAAUGAAGAGCAAAGACGUAUUAGUGCGUUAAGGUAAUCCGAUAAAUUAUUCAUACAUUUGCAAUAUUUUGUUACAAAGGUGUGUCAGUUCUGGGAAAGGCAGUGUUUCAUUACACAGUUAGAAAAACCUUUCAGCUUUGUUCUUUGAUGUCGCAGUCUUGUUCACAAGUAUUAGCACUGUCGGCAACAAAUCGUCUUAUUAUAAAAAAAAUUGAAGGCGAGAAGAAAAAGAGAUAUAUUUUGAAUGUAGACAGCACCAAGCUUUAUUUUUUUUUCGAUGUGCUAUUCAACGAGACAACCCUUUUUAGUUUAUUGAUUAUGAUAGUAAGAACUAUGUCAUAACUGGAAAUCUCAGAUCGCAAGCACUUGACUUUUAUCCUUACAAACUCUGAACUCCUUAGCUAAAAUUUUCUUUCCGACGCGACUCAAAAGCAACGAAUUUGUGAUUCCGAUUGCAGAAGGCCCGAAUCGAAUUCAGAUGACCCGAAUUAAUGAGCCCACGCCGAGAACCGUGCUACUGACACUUUACCCCGCGCAAACGCCGAAUACAUUAAAAAUUCAAGCAAACGAAUUCACUAAAACUUCAAGCACGGUAAAUACCUAAAAGUGUUCGGUUGAGUUUAGCCUGAGAAAAGUAGCCGUCCUUUCGCGCCCUUCGUUUCCCCGCGUUUUUUUCGCGGGGCAACGAAGGGAGCAAAUGGACGGCUGCUUUUCUCAGGCUAGGUUGAGUUAUACCGAACUUCAAAGAAGCCAAUAUCCUUAAGGAAACAGCAUCAGUUAGAUAUGCAUGUUUUAGCGGCCCUACUUCGAUCGUAUUUCAAAUCUUCCGCUUUCAUUGAUGUUCUGCGAUCUCAGAUUUCGGAAAAUUUGGCUGUUGGAUCUGUAGCCAAUUCGAUCUAUCUAAUCUUAAAUUUGUUUCGGUGUUGAAUGAUUUGCUUUAAUAUGUUUUCGAAUUGUUUCAAUCGGCCUUUGGGAAGAGCGUUGAUCGUUUACGAUUUGCGAGAGAAAAAUUUGAAGGA